AGCCCCCGCUACUCGGCAUUUUGGCUUCCUGCUUCUCAAAACCAUCAUUAGGACCGCGGCCCCUUUAAGCGGCGCCUUUCUUGCCCCAUCACACCCCUUACCACCAGGCAGCACGAGCAGAGCCAUGUGCUUCCCCCUCCCGCCUGCUUCAUUGGCCCAAACUGGGUCACGGUCCCGCCCCCAGUACCGCCUCCCAUUGGGCAAAUGUAGGUCAGUGUCCCGCCUCCCACCGAAAGGCAAGGCAACUUCACGCGCUAAGCCCCUCACGCGCCCUCCUGGGCCCUGGCGUAUCCAGAGGCCCCAUUGGCUGUGCGUCUCAAGGGGUCGGAGACGAUUGGCCUGUGUUUGCAGCCGGAGGGAGGCACGCGGCUGGGGUGCAUGCCCACAGAGGCGGGCGGGGCUGGACGCGCCGGGCGGGGACCCGGAGGAGGGGCGCGCGCUGUGGCGUCGGGUGUUUUGGUUUGGAUUUUUUUUCCGCGAAAGAAGUUUGCUUUGGCCACGCCUCAAGGCGGCCGCCUCCUCCUGCCCCCUCCUCCGCCCCUCCGCGCACACCUCUCGGUGCAGAUUGCAAAGCGCCUUCCGUUGCGAGAGCUGCAGAUUUUGCAAGAGCCAGGCUCGCCCACCUUGUAGAAGGGGCGCCUUGGGUCCCCUCUCACCCUCGGUUGCAAAGGGCCGGCUGCUUGAUUUGGACACCCCCUCGCCCAGACUGCAUGAUCUCCCGGGACCCUUUUGAGUUGCACGUUUCUGCACCGAGGACCUCAAAUUCCCGUCGCUCCUAGGAUUUGCAGCGUUCUGGAUACUGGAGGGUUGCAGGCUACACUCGCCCGCCCCUGGGCAGACAGUCGUCCAAACCACUGGAGUGUGCCGGUGACUGGCAGGCCAGCCCUUCGCCUCUCCAUGAACCCGUGAGCCUGGGGGCAGGUGCCAGGCGAUGGCGCGGCCUGUGAGCGACAGGACCCCGGCCCCUCUGCUGCUGGGCGGCCCGGUCGGGACACCCCCUGGCGGGGGAGCGCUGCUUGGGCUGCGGAGCCUUCUGCAGGGGACCAGCAAGCCCAAAGAGCCGGCCAGCUGUCUCCUGAAGGAAAAGGAGCGCAAGGCGGCCCUGCCCGCAGCCACAACCCCUGGGCCAGGCCUGGAGACUGCGGGCCCGGCGGAUGCCCCGGCUGGGGCGGUGGUGGGCGGCGGGUCCCCGCGGGGGCGCCCGGGGCCAGUUUCCGCCCCGGGUCUGUUGGCGCCACUGCUGUGGGAGCGCACGCUGCCGUUCGGCGAUGUGGAGUACGUGGAUCUGGACGCCUUCCUGCUGGAGCACGGGCUCCCGCCCAGCCCGCCGCCCCCCGGUGGCCCAUCGCCGGAGCCGUCGCCCGCGCGGACGCCCGCACCCUCCCCAGGGCCGGGCUCGUGCGGCUCCGCUUCCCCCCGCUCCUCUCCUGGGCACGCCCCCGCCCGGGCUGCCCUCGGGGCCGCCAGCGGCCACCGCGCAGGCCUGACCUCUCGGGACACACCCAGCCCUGUGGACCCAGACACCGUGGAGGUGCUGAUGACCUUUGAACCCGACCCAGCUGAUCUUGCCCUAUCAAGCAUUCCUGGCCAUGAGACCUUUGACCCUCGAAGACACCGCUUCUCAGAGGAGGAACUUAAGCCCCAGCCAAUCAUGAAGAAGGCGAGGAAAAUCCAGGUGCCAGAGGAGCAGAAGUGUCCUCCCCCUUUCCUCCCCCAGGACGAGAAAUAUUGGAGCCGCCGGUACAAGAACAACGAGGCAGCUAAGCGGUCCCGGGACGCCCGGCGGCUCAAGGAGAACCAGAUAUCGGUGCGGGCGGCCUUCCUGGAGAAGGAGAACGCCCUGCUGCGGCAGGAAGUGGUGGCUGUGCGCCAGGAGCUGUCCCACUACCGCGCCGUGCUGUCUCGAUACCAGGCCCAACACGGGGCCCUGUGAGGCUGCCCCACAUCCCCACCUGGCGGAGCUCUCCUCCGCCUUGCUGAGACUUACGCCCUGUUCCCUCCCUGCCCUGUGGCCCACGGGUCGGCCAGCUGGGUGCCCCAGGGACGUGAUAAUGCAGAUAAAUACAUUUAUAUUUUUAAGAAAAAGCGAACCUCCCCACUCCCUUGCGGGGGCGGGGAGGGUCCUCUGUGUGUCCCCGGCACGUCAGGGACCCCAUCCUCCCACCGCCUCCGUUAACACGAUCCUGAAUAAAUCUUGAGAACCCCAGA